GUGUCUUGGAGGGCAAAGCAGGGCGCCAUGCCUGGGCUCUGCGGUCAUGGCCGAGUUGCCCAGCAGCUGGCCCCGCGAGGGCCCAGUGCUGAUGCUUUUGAUGGCCAGGGGACUGGAAGAUGUGGCCUUGCGCGCCCUGCAAGGCUGCAUCCAAAAGGCUUAUCGACCUCUUGAUCCAGCGCACAUUCAUCAAGACUCCUGCCAAGAGAGCGGCAGCUGUCCCCGCGCGCAUCGGAGCGUGCUCUCGGUAGUGCUACCGGAAGUGAGCGACCAGCACCUAGCAGCUCUUGCAGCGACAGAGGCGGACGAUGCCUGGCCCUGUGCGUCACCGGUGGGCGAGGAAGGCGAGGCCUUCGUAGGGAAGGCCCUGCUGCGGUUGGACGCCUUCGGGCGCCAGCAGCGGCGGCAGCUGCUGCGCCUGGCGAUGAGCUCGGGCCUCUUUCAGGGUGCCUUGGCAUUCGUGGCGGCCAAAGACGUUGAGAGCAGCGGCGCCCGAGUGGGGCGAGGUGCUGAGACCCAGUUCCAGGGCAGUCUGGCGCAAGUGGAGGCGUUGGUGGCCUCGUCCCCUUGCUGGGUGGCGGCCCGCACCCUACAUAGUGAGGCGCAAGCUUUGCUGGGUCGCCCGGGAUCCCGUCCUGGCAGGCAGAGCUUCAGAGCCUCUUGUGUCCGGGACGGGCGGCACAAAGGCUUCCGGUGCCAAGACGUCAUGGCCGCCAUGGGCGCCGGAGCGCUCCAGGCCAACGGCGACUUGGACAUCGCUCUCUACGACUACGAGAUGGAGCUGCUGGGCUUCCUUAGCGGGCCCAUCUUCGCCUGUGGCAUCUGGUUGGGCCCGGAAUGGCGCGUCAACUCCCGUGGGGAGAUCCAAAAAGGGCCUGAGCGCAACUUCCAUGUGGUGCCCGUGGGGGACCGGCGCGGCUACCUGCCCUUCGACGUGCGGAACCUGCCGCGGCUGCGGCCCUCCACAGCUUUGGCGCUGCUGAACUUGGCGAAGCCCCGAACCGGUGAGCGUUUGCUGGAUCCUUUUGGAGGCGUGGGCACCAUCGCGGUGGAAGCGGCAUGCCGCUUCCCGGGGUUGAUCUGCAUCUCCUCGGACAAGGACGCAACCGCCUGCCACACCGCUGCCGCGCAUUGUCAGCUCGCCAAGAAGUUGGGAGCCCUGCAGAUAGGGUCCUCAUUGGAACAUCGGCGCUGGGAUGCCCGCAAGCUCAAGCUGGAAGACAACUCAGUGAACCUCAUUGUCAGCGACUUGCCUUUCCUCAACCGCUGCGACUUUGAUUUCGACGGAUCGCAAGGGGCGCGCCAGGGGCUUGCUGCGGUCCUGCGGGAGAUGGCGCGGGUGCUGGCAGGCUCCGGGCGAGCCGUGCUGUUGGUGCAAUCCAGGCACAUGCUGGAGGAUGCCUUGCGCUACAGCGCUGGUUGUGGAUUGGAGCUGCAGGAGAGCUGCCAGGGUCAACGGAACCCCCGGGCUGUGCUGAUCGGCGGCGCGGCGUGUUGGGUCUUCCUGCUGCAUCAGGUGAAGCCUAGCGCCGAGCCCCGAGGCGUCAAACAGCCGUUUCGGAAGCGGCAGGGGGCGCCGCCUGCCGGCUACGUGUGCCGCUGCUGCGAGCUGCCCGGCCACUGGCGCGACCGCUGCCCGGUGCAGAGGACGCCCGCGGCGCAGCUUGCGCGGCGGGCCACCAUUUAGACGGACAGCGCCUACUCGCAGCCGGACGUGACUCUUCGCGGCGGGUGCCGCGCGCACCCGCGCGGGCUCCGUGAGUGAGCCGGUGCUGAACCCUUUCGAGCGCCAGAGCUCGACAAGCGAUCCGCGGAUCGGAUCCGCGGAGCGAUGAGCUUGACGGGUAGGGAGCCUGGUGCUGGGUGUGGUGAUUCUUUGAGGGCACCCCGAAGAAGGGUGGGUUUUUAAGGGAACCAAGACGGACACCACCAUUUUGUGGGUCCCAAUUGUGACAGAUCCCCAGUUAUUUUCCCUGGUAGCUUGUUGUUUCCCUUUUGCCUACCGCUUGGAUUGUGCUCAAUUGGCCAAAGAAGCCGUGAGCUGCGCUCCUAGCGCGCUCCUGCGGC